AUGCUGGCUUUUGACAUCGCGCAGUUCUUCCCUUCUAUCAACCAUGAGAUGUUCAUGGCUGUAAUCCGCAAGCAAGGGUUCUCGCCAGUUCUGAUGGAGUUCUUUGCCUCUUAUCUUGUUGGUCGUUCCACAGUCUAUUGUUGGAACACCUUCCAAUCCGACUUGCAGUCUGCGGACGUGGGUGUUGGGCAGGGCUCAGCCCUCUCGCCUGUUAUCUCUGGGCUGUUCAUUGCUCCGGUAAUGAAGCUCUUCUACAUCAAAGCAGCGCCGCUCAACACGACGCUGCUUUCCUUUGUGGAUGACGGGACCAUUCUGGCCCAAUCCAAACAACUCGAUGAUAAUAAUGUGGGCCUGCGUAAGGCCUACAAGAUUAUCUACCUUCUCUUUGUUGCUUUCGCGCUCGUUCUUGAACACGACAAGACCGAGCUGUUCCACUUUUCGCGUCGACGAGACGCCUACAAUCCCUCACUGGAUUUGGGGUACGCCCCACAUACUGGCGCUACACCUUUGAAGCCCAAGACCUAUUGGAGGUACUUGGGCUUCUAUUUUGACUGCGGGCUCACAUUCCAUGAGCACAUUCGUUAUUAUGCCACCAAGGCAUUUACCACUGUGCAAGCCAUGUGCAUUCUUGGCAACUCUACCAGAGGUCUCUCGCCUAAACAGCGCCGACUCUUAUAUCGGUCAUGUGUGGUUCCCAUUGCCACAUACGGUUAUUGUCUCUGGUAUUAUGAUGGCGCCCAUAAUAAGGGCGCGAUGAACCAGCUCAAAUGGAUGCAGCGAAAAGCUGCUCUAUGGAUCACUGGUGCCUUCUGCACCUCCCCCACAGGCGGUCUUGAGGCCCUCGCUGGCCUCAUCCCCGUUCAUCUCAUGCUGAAGAAGCUGGCGACGUGCGCAGUGUAUCGCGUCGCUACCCUCUCAGACACUCACCCUCUUCGCUCUAUGAGGGGCGAGGGACUCCUUAAGCGAGCCACACCACAUGCUCGCUCAGCCACCUUGAUGACCCCAGCCAUGCGAGGGAAAGUCAAGAGCACCGUCAUGGAAGUGGACGAGCGCGUCCACACCCUAACUGAGAGCUUCAAGCCCUUUGCGCCCGAAGCUCACCCAGGUGAUCGGUUACUGGACCACUAUGCAGACCGUCUCCACUUUGACGAAUGCGAUCCUACCCAGGAUAGGCGACCGUAUCGCGACGAGCUCAUCACGAAAGCGAGGGCUGACCCUUUAACAGUACUGGCUGCAACUGAUGGCUCUGUCCCUCAGUCCAACCAGUAUCAGGCGGCUUCGGCUGCUAUAAUCUACAAGGGACACCGCGAGCUCGAAAGGACUCGUUAUGUCUCUGGCAGAGUUACCACCCCAGAUGCGGAACUCAAUGCCAUCUCGUGUGCAGUGCGCCUUGCUGUCAAGCAGGCAAACUGCCAACAUAUUAUGGCUUUCAGCCUGUCAGUUUGUUGCGCUCUCCAAGAGUGGUUCGAAGCAGAUGACCUCCACCACAUCACCUUCGUCUAUGUUCUGUCUGCUUUGCGGUGGGAUAUCCAUGGUGAGGCACACAAGUAUGUCACUGAGCUUAAAAUCAGGGUUGGACGCCAGAAGACAGACAAUUCUAUAGACACGCUACGCUCUCGAGCUGCGCACUCAGUCCUGGACUCGUGGAAUUCCACUUUCCAGGAUCCAACUUAUCGAGGCUAUGAAUUCUUAGAGCUUCAACAGCCUGAUGGGAGGCCGCUACAGCCAUCGUACCUCAAUGGGGGACCUUGGCUUUCAUAUUUCGGACACAGUAUCACGGAGUUCGCUUGCAUUUGCUGGUGUAUAACUGGCCACGCACCCAUUGGAGUGUACUACCGACGCUUCAAGAUCAAUGAGCAUCAUGGCUGCACUUGCGGGGCUGCUCUGCAGUCUCGCCAGCACGUCCUCUUUCGCUGCCACGAUAGAUAUUCUGUACACUAUCCCCGUUUUCUCGGGGAUAUUGCAUUGUUUAUGAAGUACAACCCCACAGCGUUUGGCUUCAACCGGGACCCUUCGGGUGUCAGAUAA